AUGUCUCUCCCAAAGGCCGAGCUGGUCAACGGCCGCAAGACUUUCAUCCCUCUCGAGAAUAACCCGGAAGUGCUAUCCCAUCUCUGCUCGAACCUUGGUCUCGCCCCGGGCCUCACAUUCCACGAUGUGUUAUCCACAACUCCCGAGCUACUAGCAUGGAUACCACGUCCCAUUCAUGCUUUGGUUCUACUUGCAGAUAGGCCUAUCUAUGUCGCUGCUCGAGAGGCUGUGAUACCUACGAUACCGGAGUAUCAGGGCUCUGGCGAUGAACCUGUUUUUUGGAUGAAACAGACGAUCGGUCAUGCGUGUGGUCUGAUGGCGUUGCUGCAUAGUGUGUUUAAUCUGGAUGAAAACUAUCUCGUGCCGGGAUCGGAGCUGGAUGGUCUGAGGGAAAGUGCGGUUGAGCUUGCACCGGCUGAGAGGGCAGAAUUGCUUUACACUUCAACCUUCUUGGAGAAGGCGCAUAUGGAGGCUGCUGCUUCGGGGUCUUCGAGAGCGCCGUCACCGCAUGAUGAGAACCAUCAUCAUUUUAUAGCCUUCGUGCAGAGGGGCGAGAAAGUGUGGGAGUUGAAUGGGGGUAUGAAUGGACCGUUGUUGCGAGGAACACUCGAAGAGGACCUGUUGAGUGAGCGAGGACUGGCAAUGACGGUGCAGGACUAUCUUAAUGCUGCAGCUACCGGGGGAUAUGGUGAAAUGAGCAUCGUUGCCGUGGCAGGAAAGGAAGCACAUGGAUGA